AUGACUAACAUUAAAGGAUUUGACUCAACCCUUUUAGAGAAAGUCAGAGAAAUACAUCCUAAUGAAAAGUUUACAUUACCAUAUUAUAUUAAUGAAGUUUAUCCAAAAUAUACAUUCCUUGUAAUUGAUUGUCCAAAACCACAAAAUAUUCCAAUUGCAGUAUUUGUUGUUCCACAAGGAAGUGAGAAUGAAUAUCAUUAUGCCACUGAUGAAGGUAAUAAAGACCUUUGUCAAGCUAUUAGUGCAGAAAGGGUUCUUCUUGUUUUUAUUGAUCCACAUUAUACAGUUGAAAAUUUAGAAUCAAUUAUUAAAGAACUUGGUCUUAUUUCAAAAGAAUUAAUUCCAAAAGGAAUGAAAUCUAAUGAUGCACCAAUUCUUACUGCAGAAGAAGGAGUUGGAAAUAGAAAAUUAUUGUUUGAAAAGAAAUCAGAUUAUAAUGGAAAUGUUUUAGUUGAAGAAACAAGUAAUGACGAUGGAAGUUCUAUAAGAAGAAUGAAAUUUGAAGGAUUUAGAACAGUUGUUCAAUCAGAAGCUGUUGUUGUUAAUGGAAAACUAAAUGUUGAAAAAUCAAUUUUACAAUCACCAUAUCUUGAUGCCAUACGUAUUGGUAUGUGUUUCUUUUGGCAUUCUAAAGUAGAUCUUCCAUUUAGAGUAGUUAUUAUUGGAGCUGGAGGAUGUACAUUAACACUUGGUAUUAAAACAUUACUUCCAGAAUCACGUAUUGUCAGUGUUGAUGUAGAUCCAGUAGUUGUUGAAGCAGCAUCCAAAUAUUUCUUUGCAACACAUGAAGAAACAACAGCAGUAAUUACUAUGAAUGGAAUUGAAUAUCUUACUAAUUUAGCACAUAAAAGUGAAAUGUCUAUGCUUCAAAACGCAGUUCAUGCAAUUAUUAUUGAUGUAGAUAAUAAAACAACAUCAGACAAAGAAUUAAUUGGUCCACCAUUACCAUUUGUACAACAAAAUUGUAUUGUUAAUAUGGUUAAAUCAUUAUUUACAGCAAAUAUGAAUUCUAUUACACCACCAAUGAUAAUUUAUAAUAUUGUAGCUCGUGAUUCUCAAUUAAGAAAAUCUACAAUUCUUGAUUUAGCUAAGUAUUUUAAACAAGUUUAUGUCUGGCAAGGUGGAGAUGAUAUUAAUACAGUAGUUUUUGCAUUCCCACAUCAAAUUCAACAAUAUAAUAUUAAAGAAGAUGCACCAGAAAAUAAAGAAUUUAAAGAAUUUUUAUCACAUUUACAACAAGUAAGAUGA